AUGAACAUUGUCAAGACAACACAAGUUAUCGGUUCAUGCUUAACAGUCAAAUAUAGUGACGGUUGCUGCUCUGGUAAAGUCAGCACAUACACCACCCGACCUUUAGUCGGAUGGAAACAGAUAUUCCCAAUGGCUGUCGAGUCUUCACGAGAAGCUCCUGCUUCUUCACAAAGAGCACAACCACCAGCACACAGUCGGUUUGAACUCGGGCCCGGGCCAAUUGUUUACACUGUGGAUCUUUGCCGACAUCCUCACAUAGUGACUGAUAAGAGCAGCGCAUGUGGGGCCCACAUGGUUUAUUAUAAACAUAUCCCUUCUUUCUCUCUCUCGUUCACUAUACCCACCAACACCCACCAUUACCCUCCACCGGAGAACCACCACCGCCGCCGCCGCCGUCUACCGCCUCCAAUCAUUGCCUCUUCAGCCAAUCAACCACCACUUAAUCCGCCACCACAACUCAAAGGCUGCACAUAUAAUACAAACCAACAGCCAUCAAUAUCUGAACCCACCCCUCAUCCUCCUCUACUCACUCACUCAGUGAGUGAUCAUAUCCAUAUUCUCACACUUUUUGAUGUGUUUGUUCUGUUGCAAUCCUCAUAUCAUCAUGGAUCUGAAAAACAAGAGAUCAGUCGAAGAAAAAGCCGAGAGUCCGUUAGCAUCGACAAAUCAGACAAAAUGCUGUACCGAUUGUCAAACCACUACAACUCCUCUUUGGAGAGGCGGUCCUGCUGGUCUGGUCGGCUGGUGGUUGUGAUAGGUGGUGACGGUGACUGGGUUAGAAAUCGGAGCUCACUUUUUACUGAUUUGCGACCGCACAAUACAACUCAGAUCUGGAACAAACUUUGAUUCAGAUCUAGUUUGGCUUGUCGGUGAUGGAUGGCCGGAGAUGGAGCGACGAUUCGUUUGGGUUAGCCGGUAGGCGGUGGCGGUAGUUCUCCGGUAAAGGGGGUGGUGAUGGUUUGGUGGCUAUAGUGAACAAGUCAGUAAAGAGUGAUAGGUAUAUAAUAAAUCAUGUGGCCCCACCUGAAUUAAUAUAUUAGUUAUUUUAUUUUAAUGACUCAAUACUUAUUUUUUAUAUUAAGGGUAUUUUAGU